GAUACCACAUAACCAACCAUGUAACAUUCUAGAUUCCCAUCUCAACCUGACAGAUUUACCUAACUUCUUCCAUUUCUUCUCCCUGUAUGCCCUUUCGAAAAUUCACCCCUAUAAACAGACACCUCUUGUAUAACAACACCAUUCAAAAUUUCCAUGGCAGCAACUAAAGGUCUUAUGUUUGUUCUGCUUCUCAUUGCUUUUGCUAUGCUCCUUAUGGAAUCAGGCCAAAUGGUUAUCACAACUCAGGUGGAUAACCCUCUUCCUCAAGACAUAGAUUGUGGCGAAGCUUGUGAUGCGAGGUGCCGAUUAUCGUCGAGGCAGAAGAUCUGUGAGAGGGCAUGUGGAACCUGUUGCAGUCGCUGUCAAUGCGUUCCGCCAGGCACUUCAGGCAACUAUGAUUUUUGUCCCUGCUAUGCUAAUAUGACCACACAUGGUGGCAGGCACAAGUGUCCCUAGAUAUUCUUGUUGAUUCUAUGAUGAUGAUGUUUGAUUUCAUAUCACAGAUAUCCAAAAUAAAGAUGUUAAAAUCAAGAUGGUCUUUUUUCUGAAUGUAAUAAAUUAAUGAGAUAACAACUUUGAUUCUAGAAGUA